AUGGUUGAUUUAGAGCAGGAAUUUGCGCUCGGUGGGCGGUGUCUGGCAUUCCAUGGUCCUCUUAUGUAUGAAGCGAAGAUCUUGAAGAUAUGGGACCCAUCUUCGAAAACAUAUACCAGCAUUCCUAAUGACAAACCGGGUGUUAGUUCACAGACAACUAAGGAAACACAACCACAGAAAUUAGGAGAUGAUGAAAGCAUUCCGGAAGAAAUUAUCAAUGGAAAGUGUUUUUUCAUACAUUACCAAGGGUGGAAGUCCAGUUGGGAUGAGUGGGUUGGAUAUGAUAGAAUACGGGCAUACAAUGAAGAGAAUAUUGCCAUGAAAAAAAGACUGGCGAACGAGGCCAAAGAGGUUAAGAAAUCAUUACUGGAACAGCAGAAAAAGAAGAAGCUUUCCACUAAUCCAGGAGGAUCGAGUAAUGGUGGAAAAAGAAAGGGGGAUAGCCGCUCGAAUGCUAGUAUAAGUAAAAGCGCUUCACAGGGUUCAUUAACAUCUUCAGUGAGUGGUAGGAAAAGCGGAAGAAGUUCCGCUAAUUCCCUUCAUCCCGGUAGUUCUUUGCGCUCAUCAUCUGAUCAAAAUGGGCAUGAUGAUCGCAGAAGAUCUUCUUCGCUGUCACCGAACAUGCUGCAUCACAUAGCCGGUUAUCCAACCCCUAAGAUUUCCCUUCAAAUUCCCAUAAAAUUGAAAAGCGUGCUGGUUGACGAUUGGGAAUACGUAACGAAGGACAAAAAAAUUUGCAGAUUACCUGCUGAUGUAACGGUAGAACAGGUGUUAAACAAAUACAAGCAUGAAGUCAGUCAAGAACUUGAAUCACCAGGGUCGCAAUCGCAGUUGAGCGAAUAUUGUGCCGGUCUCAAGUUGUAUUUUGACAAAUGUCUGGGUAAUAUGCUUUUAUAUAGAUUGGAACGGCUGCAAUAUGACGAACUUCUGAAGAAAUCAGUUAAAGACCAAAUGCCACUAAUACCAACUAAAAUUUAUGGGGCCAUCCAUCUGUUAAGGUUGAUAAGUGUCCUACCAGAGCUGAUUUCUUCUACUUCGAUGGAUCUACAAAGCUGUCAGCUUUUAAUUAAACAGACCGAAGAAUUUCUGGUUUGGCUGUUGAUGCAUAUGGACGAAUAUUUCAAUGACAAGGAUCCAAAUCGAAGUGACGAUGCUCUGUACGUAAAUACGUCUAGCCAAUACGAAGGAGUGGCUUUAGGUAUGUGA